GCGCGGCGCGGGCGCUUCCGGGUACGUGUGUGAGAGAGCGAUGGCGGCCGGGAGCGGAGCGGCGCCGGGCGGGGACGCGGACGAGCUGUUCGACCUCCGCAACAACUUCUACAUCGGCGCCUUCCAGGCCGCCAUCAACGAGGCGCAGCGCGCCAAGCCGUCCAGCCCCGAGAAGGAGGUGGAGAGGGACGUGUUCCUGUUCCGAGCCUACAUCGCCCAGAGGAAAUAUGGAGUGGUCCUGGAUGAGAUCAAAGGCAGUGCCAGCCCCGAGCUCCAGGCAGUGAGGAUGUUGGCAGAGUACCUGGCAAAUGAGAGCCAGAGCAUGGCCAUGAUGAUCCAGAUCCUCCUGAAGCUCGACAGGCUCGACCUGGCCCGGAAGGAGCUGAAGAAGAUGCAGGAGCAGGAUGAGGACGCAACUCUGACCCAGCUGGCGACUGCCUGGGUGAACCUGGCCGUGGGUGGGGAGAAGCUCCAGGAUGCUUAUUACAUUUUCCAAGAGAUGGCAGACAAGUGUUCCCCCACCCUCCUGCUGCUGAACGGGCAGGCCGCCUGUUACAUGGCCCAGGGCAAGUGGGAGGACGCCGAGGGAGUUCUCCAGGAGGCCCUGGACAAGGACAGUGGCCACCCUGAGACCCUCCUGAACCUCGUGGUGCUCUCACAGCACCUGGGAAAGGCUCCGGAGGUCACGAAUCGUUACCUGUCGCAGCUGAAAGAUGCUCACAAAAACCACCCCUUCAUCAAGGAGUAUCAGGCAAAGGAGAACGACUUCGACCGGCUGGCCCUGCAAUAUGCACCCAGUGCCUGAGCCCAGCCCUGGGCACUGGGCUUCCUGUUCAGAUCCUCCCUGGGACACGGAAAAUGCCCUCUGGAACAUGGGAAAUCCCCUCUGCAGAUCAGCCUGGCCUCACCUCACCCUGGUGCUCCAGCAGGGGUGGGGCUGUGCCUGUGUCCAGCACCUGAAUUUUGGGGGCUCAAAGCCUCCCCCGGGCCCUGAACUCUGGGUCGACUCCCGUGCAGAUCAGGAGGGUGCAACUCUGGCACCUUGAACAUUCCUAAUAAAGCCUCUUCUGGA